UAUGCCAGCAUCUCGAAUUUCAGAUUGGUUGAUGUGACUCUAAAUGUCCCACCACGUGGCGAGAUUGUUGACAUGACGGGUCAUAAGGCCUUAUGCAAGAGCAGAAGAGUCGUAAUCGCCUCGCGAGAAAAGCCUGCGGACAUGCCGACACAAAGUGAGACGCAUUUGGUGUCUAGGCCUUGGAGUGAGAAUGACCAACUGGGGACCCAAGGGUGUACACCGCCGAAGACGCCUCUUACGCAGCACCGGCAACGGCAUCUCCUGUUGCGACCUGAAAGCCUCAAGAAAGCUCACUCGUUCGAGACCGUAUUCGCAAGAGAGAGAACCCUUCUUGUGUGUGUUUACAUCAAGUCCGUCCGGCUCGGUAUCUGGACCCGAGAGCGCGUCUGCCUGAUUGACGUGCCGUCACGCAGCAAAGCCUCAGAGGAACGGGUGGAAAGAGAUGGACGAUGGUUCAACCCCGCAUAA